ACCAAAAUCAGCUGUCUCCCCACCAACUUCAUCAUCUCUUCCACCGACAACAACACCUCUCUCUCUCCACGAAUUUAACCUUAGCUCUCAUCACACAAAUUAAUUCAUAUACAUACAUACAUAUAUAUAUAUAUUGAGAUUGAUAUUGAGAUCAUAUAUGCAUAUCUGAAUAUUGAUGAUGGUACAAUCUAAGAAGUUCAGAGGUGUCAGGCAGCGCCAGUGGGGCUCCUGGGUGUCAGAAAUCCGACACCCUUUACUGAAGAAGAGGAUUUGGCUGGGGACGUUCGAGACGGCGGAGGCGGCGGCGCGGGCGUACGACCAGGCGGCGGUUCUGAUGAGCGGCCAGAACGCCAAGACCAAUUUUCCGGCGAGCCCCGGAGGGAUCAGGGGGGAGGUGUUUUCGCCGGAGCUGCUGGGGGCCAAGCUGAGGAAAUGCUGCAAGAAUCCGGCGCCGUCGAUCACGUGCCUCAGGCUCGACAACGACGAUUCCAACAUCGGGGUGUGGCAGAAGAGGGCGGGCCGCCACUCGGGCUCGCAUUGGGUCAUGAAGGUCGAGCUCAAGAAUAACAGCCACCACCGUCCACGGCGGUUCUCCGGCGGCGGCGGUGGCGAUGAUGAUGAUGAUGAAGAUGAUGAUCACGUGACGACGAUGGAGGAGGAGAAUAAAGUUGCGAUGCAGAUGGUGGAGGAACUGCUCCAUUGGAAUAAUAGCUCCGACCAAGAUCAGUUGUCUCCGCCGCCGCCCGGUAAUAGUAAUGAAAUUAAUUAAUUAAUUAUUAAUUAUAUAUACUUGAUAAUGAGAAUAUAUAUAUAUACAUA